UCAGUGUGCUUGGCGAUGUAAGCGAAAUUUUAAUUUGUCAAGGUUUACUUUCCUUGUAUAUAUAUAUACAAUCACAAUGCGCUAGCCUGUGGUAGCUUUUGGAGUCAGUAGGGGGCUGCAUCUUCCAUAGGGUCUGAUGUAAGAAGUCCUCGAAGGUUUUACAUUGUCCCAGUUCCUAUGGAUGACUCAGCAACCAGCCGAGUCAAAAGCAACGGUGUUGAGGACGACGACGAUGGAUUGACGGGGGAUGAAGAGACUAAGCUGCUGGGUGAUGGAGAGACCCGCUAUUGUCAAGGUGGUCUCAAACCAGUCCUGAAUGCUCAAACCACACUGACAUAUGAAGAGAGUCUUCUUGUUAUUGAUGUCGGCAGAUUCCAUGUACUGCUUCUCUUACUUUGUGGGUGGGCGGUGUCCAGUGAUGCUAUUGAGGUUCUGUCAGUGUCUUUCCUGUUGCCAUCGGCAACGUGUGACCUUCAUCUGUCUUCACAGGACAAAGGAUGGCUGAAUGCUAUUGUUUUUGUUGGUAUGAUGUUUGGCGGCUUGUUCUGGGGUUCUCUUGCGGACCAUUCAGGCCGUCGUGCAGUGCUGAUGUGGUCUCUAGCCAUGAAUGGUAUUGGAGGACUUUUGUCUUCUAUUUCACAGGUCUUCUGGCUCUUCCUUCUGAUGCGCUUCAUCAGUGGAGUUGGAGUGGGUGGUAGCAUGCCAGUCAUCUUCACAUACUUCACAGAGUUUCAGGCAAAAACCAGACGGGGGUCAAUGAUUUCAGUCCUGGCCACAUUUUGGAUGGGUGGAAACAUUCUGGCUGCAGGUUUGGCAUGGCUUGUGAUCCCUCACUCAGGCCUGGGAUACUUUUCUACAAAUUUUACAUUCAACAGCUGGAGAAUAUUCAUUGCUCUUUGCACCAUCCCCAGUCUCUCCUCAGCCAUCCUAUUUCUGUUUAUGCCUGAGAGCCCCAAAUUCCUUCUUCAGGCAGGAAAAGAAGAAAAAGCCUUAGAUGUGCUGAAAAGGGUCCACUGCAUCAACAAAUCAGAUAAUCCCUUUGAUAUAUCCCGCCUGCUCCUGUCCUCGGACCACAAGACUGGAAAAUCUGUUAUUCUGGAGGAGAGCGUAGAGGUCAGCCAGCCAGAAGGAUGCUGCCAUUUUUCAGGGAUGCUAAACAGUUCUGUGGAAUUAUUUCGUCCUCCUUUGCGUUUUGUUACCUGCAUUUUGCUUAUUGUAAAUUUUGCCAUUGCAUUUGGUUACUACGGAUUGUUCAUGUGGUUCCCGGAGAUCUUCAAUCGAAUUGACAAAAAUGGAGGCACGCUGUGUGAACCUGGCAGUGGCAGUACUAACACCAACACCAGCAGCAAUUCAACUCACAUUGACUGCACUCAGCCAGGAAACAUCGUUUACUUGGAAGGAUUUCUCACUGCUGUGUCCAACUUGCCUGGAAAUCUUCUCACCAUCGUAUUGAUGGACCGCAUCGGUCGUCGAAUUCUUUUAUCAAGCAGCAUGGUGAUAUCUGGUCUCACAGUUUUUCUCCUGUGGUUUGUUCAUGAACGAUGGCAGAACGUCUUGAUGUCUUGUGUGUUUGGUGCUGUCUCGACAGUAGGAUUUAAUACCCUUGAUGUCUUGCAGACAGAACUCUUUCCCACAAAUGUUCGGUCCACAGCCUUUGGGAUACAGACUGGCAUAGCCAGGAUUGCAGCCAUCUUGGGUAACAUCAUCUUUGGUGUGUUGGUUGACGUACACUGUGCAGUUCCUAUGAUUCUGGUGGCUGCCCUCAUGUCAUUUGGUGGACUUAUGUCUGUGCAGCUACCCAACACUAAGGGCAUUGAUAUCCAUUAAGAGCAACUCUAAUAAAGGUUAACAAAUGUUUGCUGUUUUACAUGUCAGCAGUGGCAGAAUGUAAUUUUACAUACCUCUGUGAA